GUAUUCGCGGGGGCAAGACCAAGUUUGAUGAACUUCAGGCCUGCCAUGUUCUCCAGGCCGAGAUCACUCACCAUGUCGGCGCCUUUUUGCCGUUCCAUCGACUCAUGAUGUGGGCUCACGAGGAGCUCCUAGAGCAGGAGUGCGGGUGGACGGGGGGACAGCCGUACUGGCACGAGCAGAUCGACGCCGGACACUUCAUCAACUCCACCAUCCUUGAUCCGGUAUUGGGCUUCGGUGGUGACGGUGAUCGCACGGCGGACGAUUGCAUCCAAGACGGCCCCUUCGCCAACUACACGAACCAAGUCGGCGUCGGCUACGACGUGCGGGAGCAAUGCAUCACCCGUCGGGUCAAUGAGACGCGCAGCAUUGGCACGUCGCAGGAACGCGUCGACGAAUGUCUAGCGGAGGACACGUGGGAGGCUGCCUGGCCCUGCAUCGAGGGCCAGCCGCAUGGGGGAGGCCACGCUGGUAUUGGAGGCCAGAUGGCGAACCCCAUCUCGAGCCCCGGAGAUCCCCUCUUCUACCUCCACCACACCUGGCUGGAUAAGAUCUGGUGGGAUUGGCAGAAGAUGGACCUCCCCGCGCGCUUAUUUGAGAUGAGCGGCCAGAAUCUCCAGGGAGGAAACACUACCGGGGAUGCUCCCUGUGGAGGGGAGGUCAUCUUCCCGCCGCGUCCGGACGACGUCCCAGAGCCCGUGGUGGAGGGCGACCCCGGAUGCGCCACGACCCUGGACCAUGUGCUUCACAUGUUUGGCGUUGUUGAGGACCGCACUAUUCGGGAGGUGAUGGAUAUCCAUGGUCCCCUGCUCCGCUACGACUAUGUUGACCCUGAUGAGCCGUGAAUGGAAAAGCCGCGAGCGGCAGAGUUUUUGCGACUCGCAGAGCGCAUCAUGUGGGUAAGCGCGCAGGUCUCGGCGCAUCGUAACAUACCCACUUGGUAAGAGGACGUGAAAGGAUCGACGGGGAUUGAGACGCAUCGAGGCGGAUUGACUGGCGCUGCGCUGCAGGCGGGAAUCGUGUCUGGGUAGCGGAUCGUGCUCUCCGUGUCUCGACCCUCGCUCGCCCUUAUCCGUUGAGUCAUUGAUGCCGCCCCUUCCUUGCAC